AUGGGCUAUGCCCGCGAGAGUUCGAAUCUCUCAGUGCUCGUAGCUCCGAGCUUUUGUUUUUGUGUGUGCAUUUGUGUUUCCUUUGCGUCACCUGCUUCCCCCCUCCCUCCUCCCUGCUUCCCCCCUCCCUCCUCCCUGCUUCCCCCCUCCCUCCUCCCUGCUUCCCCCCUCCCUCCUCCCUGCUUCCCCCCUCCCUCCUCCCUGCUUCCCCCCUCCCUCCUCCCUGCUUCCCCCCUCCCUCCUCCCUGCUUCCCCCCUCCCUCCUCCCUGCUUUCCCCCUCCCUCCUCCCUGCUUCCCCCCUCCAUCCCCCUCCAUCCCCCCUGCUUCCACCUUCCCUCCGCCCUGCUUUCCCCCUCCCUCUGCCCUGCUCCCCCCCUCCCUCCGUCCUGCUCCCCCCCUCCCUCCGUCCUGCUUCCCCCCUCCCUCUGCCCUGCUUCCCCCCUCCUUCUGCCAUGCUUCCCCCCUCCCUCCGCCCUGCUUCCCCCCUCCCUCCGCCCUGCUUCCCCCCUCCUUCUGCCAUGCUUCCCCCCUCCCUCCGCCCUGCUUCCCCCCUCCCUCCGCCCUGCUUUCCCCCUCCCUCUGCCCUGCUCCCCCCCUCCCUCCGUCCUGCUUCCCCCCUCCCUCUGCCCUGCUUCUCCCUCAUCUUCCCCCUCUCCCCUCAUCUUCCCCCUCUCCCGUCUGUCCCCACCCCAACCUCGCCCGUUUCCCGCUUCGCCCCACUCUCAGGGAAUGGCAGGCAUGAGCUGCGCAUGCCGUGUCUGCCCCCUGUCCGUGUCGCAGACGUGGCGCCCAUGACGCCAUGGCCACGUCACCUCUGCUUUUGGCAGCAAAGCAAGCCACGCCGUGGCUGGUUCGUCUCGCAUCUCUGCCUGCACGCGCACUGGGGCUGCCCACCCACCUCCGCCACCACCGCUGCAGCAGGCGGCGCCACAUCAGGUGCCGCCAUGCCUCAUCAUGCUUCACAUGCUAACGCUGCAGGGGCAGGUGCAGGUGGAGGACUAGUUCGGGUUCAGUGGAGUUUGGCAGCGUAG